AUGAAGCAAACUCCAGACUGGGUCAAGCAACUUAAGCCUUCGGGCGUCCAAGGGCAUGAAUUGCUCGCAGCAGAACGCGCCGGCUCAAACGUCCCGGUGCAGGACCUGGAGGUCCUUCUGCACACUCAAGAAGUCAUCGCCAUGAGGCACAAGAUCCUCGACAUUCUCAAGUCCGAGAAGAUCUUUGACAAGUCACAAAACUACUUCAUGGGCAGGAUAGACAAGUUCGAGCGUGCUCUUGCAAGAGAGAAGAGGUUGAGGAUCUUGAAGAAGCAGCACAACUGGAAUCUCGAGGAAUUCCGAAUGGCCAUGGAGCUCGUUGGUGAGCCUGGUCCAUAUGGUCUCCACGACUCCAUGUUCAAGGUGACAUUGGAAGGCCAAGGCACCCCCGAACAGCAGGAGAAAUGGCUCACAAAGGCCAAUGACUACAAGAUCAUCGGUUGCUAUGCUCAGACUGAGCUUGGCCACGGUUCCAACGUCCGUGGGCUUGAAACAACAGCUACCUGGAACAAGGACGACAAGACCUUCACCAUCCACUCGCCACACCUGACAGCCAGCAAGUGGUGGAUUGGAUCAUUGGGAAGGACAGCCAACCACGCCGUCGUCAUGGCUCAACUCAUCAUUGAUGGAAAGUCCUACGGACCUACCCCAUUUUGUGUCCAGAUCCGAGACCUGAAGACACACGAGCCGCUCGAGAACAUUCACAUUGGAGAUAUUGGCCCCAAGUUUGGAUACAAUACCAUGGACAACGGUUUCCUUCUGUUUAACAAGGUCAAGGUUCCGCAUAUCAGCAUGUUGGCUCGUUACACGCACGUGGAUCCCACCACCAACAAGUUUGGUCGCCGUGGCGCGCCAUCUCUCGUCUACGGUACCCUAACUUGGGUUCGGUCGACGAUCGUCAUGCAAGCCGGUAGCGUACUCGCUCGUGGUGUGACCAUUGCAACUCGUUACUGUGCCGUACGUCGCCAGUUCCAGGAUCGCGAUGCUCCUGCUGGUGAGGCUGAGACUCCCGUUCUCAACUACACCAUGGUCCAGAUCCGUCUGUUGCCGCUCCUUGCAGCAACUUUCGCCCUUCAUUUUACCGGAAAGGCGAUGAUGGAAAUGUACCAAGAGAACCAAAAGAAGAUUGCACAGGGCAAUGCAAGCAACGCACCAAGCAAGCGCGGUGCCGGGCCUGAGGAAGUCCAGUCUGGCAGUGAUAUGCUGGCGGAUCUUCACGCUUCAUCUUGUGCGCUCAAGUCGCUCAGCAGCUCCAUCGCCUGUGAGGGUCUCGAGGUCUGCCGACGUGCCUGCGGUGGUCACGGCUACUCUAGUUUUAGUGGCAUCGGACCUUGGUACUCUGACUACCUGCCUACCACUACUUGGGAGGGUGACAACUACAUGUUGACACAGCAAGUAGCUCGCUACAUGCUCAAGUCUGUUCGCUCCGUCCUCAACAAGGAGAAGCCCACAAACGACACCACUCAGAUUCUCUCCGAGUUCCACUCUCGCCGCAACAUUGGCUGCGCCUUCGACGUCAUUGGCUCAGACGAGGAUCUCGUCGCUGCCUUCGCUUGGCGCGUCUCUUUCCUUGCCUUCGAGGCCAGCAAGCACCGUGAUGAGCAGAAGAAGCCCUGGAAUGACCUUCUCGUUGACUUCUACCGCCUGAGCAAGGCUCACGCUCAAUACAUGGUCGUCAAGACUAACCUCUCCACGCUCAAGAAGAUUGAGCAGGAGGGCAAGAUUGACAAGAACCUUCUUGAAGUCCUCAUAAAGUUGUUCCGCCUUUUCGCUCUGCACACACUUGAACAAGAAGGCGCCGAGUUCUACACCUCGGGUGCCUGCAGCAAGAUUCAGAUCACGCUUGCAAGGACAAACACUGUUAUGAACUUGCUCAAGGACAUCCGCCCCCAUGCCGUCAGGCUUGUCGACGCAUGGGGCUUCGACGACUGGGUCCUGGACAGCAGUCUGGGCCGCGCAGACGGAAAGGUGUAUGAGGACAUGUUCUAUAGGGCCAGCGAGCUCAACCCCCUCAACGACAUUACUAUCGACCCAUACCCCGACAGCGAUGUUUUGUUCAAGCGUAUUGAAAAGAGCAAGUUGUAA